UUCCAGACGGGCAGGUCUCGGUGUGACGCCGCCACAGCCAGUCUGAUGCAAGCCGGUUAAUGCACGUUAAAUCACCAGCACCAAACGGUGAAGAUGUCAGAUUUGAGCCCGAUGGAUCUGUAUGAGACGCUGACAGCUCAGGGAGACACAGUGAGAUCUCUGAAAGCUCAGAAGAGCCCUAAAGCUGAAGUUGACGCCGCCGUGCAGCUGCUGCUGCAGAUGAAGCUGGACUACAAGCGUCUCACCGGUCAGGACUAUAAGGAUGGAUGUCCACCGGCGGACGGUGAGAUGGUGGUGGACACCGGAGCAGUGCUGGAGGAUGGAGAUGAUCAGGUGGAUCCGUGGAACGUCUCCUCCAGCAGCGCCAAAGGAGUCGACUACGAUAAACUCAUCGUGCGGUUCGGCAGCAGUAAGAUCGAUCAGGAGCUGGUGGACAGAAUCGCUCGAGUCACGGGAAAAACACCGCACCGUUUCCUGCGCAGAGGAAUCUUCUUCUCACACAGGGACAUGCAUCAGAUCCUGGACGCGUACGAGAAGCAGAAGUCCUUCUAUCUGUACACGGGUCGAGGGCCGUCCUCAGAGGCCAUGCAUGUGGGUCACCUGAUCCCCUUCAUCUUCACCAAAUGGCUUCAGGACGUGUUCGACGUUCCUCUGGUCAUUCAGAUGACCGAUGAUGAGAAGUAUCUGUGGAAGGAUCUGUCGCUGGACGAGUGUCACCGGUACACGAUAGAGAACGCCAGAGACAUCAUCGCCUGCGGAUUCGACGUUAACAAGACCUUCAUCUUCUCUGAUCUGGACUAUAUGGGGGCGAGCCCUUCGUUUUACAGGAACGUGGUGAAGGUCCAGAAGCACGUGACGUUUAACCAGGUCAAAGGCAUCUUUGGCUUCACAGACAGCGACUGCAUCGGUAAAAUCAGUUUCCCGGCCGUCCAGGCAGCUCCGUCCUUCAGCAGCUCGUUCCCGCAGAUCUUCGGCGAGCGGACGGAUGUUCAGUGUCUGAUCCCGUGUGCCAUCGAUCAGGACCCGUAUUUCCGGAUGACGCGGGACGUGGCUCCUCGGAUCGGGUAUCCGAAGCCGGCUCUGCUUCACUCCACCUUCUUCCCGGCGCUGCAGGGAGCUCAGACCAAGAUGAGCGCCAGCGACGCCAACUCCUCCAUCUUCCUGACCGACUCGGCCAAACAGAUCAAGAACAAGGUCAACAAACACGCCUUCUCCGGCGGGAAGGACACGGUCGAGGAGCACAGGAGGUGCGGCGGGAAUCCAGACGUGGACGUUUCCUUCAUGUACCUGAGCUUCUUCCUGGAAGACGAUGAUCAGCUGGAGAAGAUCAGACAGGACUACAGCAGCGGCGCGCUGCUCACCGGAGAACUGAAGAAGAGUUUAAUCGAGACGCUUCAGCUCAUGAUCGCCGCGCAUCAGGAGAGACGCACACUCGUGACGGACGAGAUCGUACAACAGUUCAUGAGCCCUCGCAAACUACACUUCAACUGCUAGAGACCCACAGAUACCAACCGCUCCGGUCUAAUAAACCUCAUGCCUGCGAUGCAUAAAUAAUCACACUCUGAUGUUAUAAAUGACACGUUUAAUGCCAUAAUUACAGUACUGCUGAUUCAGUGAACAUUCACAUGAAUAAAUGGUGCAUUUAACACACGAUAGAUUCACAGUCCAUCUGUAAAACAAGACACACACCUGACACAGAACGCGCGUCAAUGUGUAAAUCCUGAUAGGAGUUAAACAUGAGUCUCCAGUCAUUCCAACUGAGAUUAAAUACACAGAGAAGAGUCUCACUCAUCAGAAACUCUUAGUAAAGGGUUAAAACUCUUCAUAUGAUACUCGCAUGAUUAAAGUCCUUAAAGGAAUAGUUCACUCCAAAAUG